GUGUACAGGUUCAUAAUCUUAUAAAUAGCGGUGUACAUUGUAUUUCGGCGUAGAUUUUUUUCAGCAGAAAUGAAGGUGUUGUUGUGCGUUGCAUUGACCCUGGUUGUCAUUGGAGCCCAACCAUAUCGAAGAGACAAGCCCGGUUUCUGCCCACCAGCUGAAGACGUUGGAGUCUGCGCUAACCUUUGCAACUCUGAUGAAAGUUGCCCUAGUAACCAAAAGUGCUGCAGCCACGGCUGCGGUCGAAGCUGUCAAGUGCCAACCAAACUCAACUGUGCAGCGGUGCUUUGUCAAAGACCAACCUGUAACAACUCCGUCCGACCCCCGGGCCAGUGUUGUGGAGUUUGCUACGGACCUCGAUACUAGGUCCGACAGUUUUGACAAGGGAUAUCGACGCUGGAGUUUGCUUUUGUGGUGCGGCAUGGAAAAGCUGACGUCAUCCCUGUUCAAAUAUGCGAAAAACUAUAUUCGAUUCUGAAAUUCUAAAAAAAAUGCAUUUUAUUUAAUGCUUUC